AAGAGAGGCUAGUGGUAAACAUGGCCGAUAUAUCAGACUUUGAACUAAAAUCCUUUUGCUUUCUCACAUAAUUUUAAUACUAAAAUGGACGAAGAGGGUGAAUCCUCUUUGCAGGAUCUUCCUGAAGACGUGGAGAUUUUAAAGGCAAUGAUUGUCGACUUGAAGAAGAGAGAACAAAAACUGAUCCAAGACAAACAGACCACUGAGAAUGAAUUUGGUAAACAGAGAGCUAAAAUCAAAGGGAUAUUCAUGUCAAAAGAAGAACAUAUUGACAAACUUCAAAGAAAGCUUGCAKCAGUCGAGGCUGAAGUAGAGGAAUCCAAGUCAUAUCUUAAGUCAGUUGUGAAUGAAUGUGACACUCUUCGCACUGCUACKUCAGUAUUGGAAGCCUCACAAAAAGAAGAGGUUGAAGCAUUGAAUACUAAACACCAGGAAGAAAUAGCUUCUUUACAACAUAUUAUGAGAGAGGCUGUACAAGAGGCCAGAUCCACUGCAGCUCAGCARUUUGAAUUUGAAAGACAUUCAUUAAUAAAUGCAAAUAACAAACUUGAAAUACAAGUCAAAGAACUUCAAACUAAGUCAGGAAAUGACAGUAAAGGCAUGAUGUCAGCUAUGAGUGAUGCUGUUGUUGGAGUUGUAAGAAGAUCAAGUCCUUCAAGUCAGUCUAARGAUAAAGAAGGAAGUACUCUUGAGGAAGGCAUGAAAAAGGCUCAAGAAGAUGCAGAGGCCUGGAAAGCAAUUGUAAUGCCUCUUGARCAGGAACUUGAAAGCAUAAAAGGACUGUUAAAAAAUGAAAAAGAAAAAUYUCAAGCACUGGAGAAAAAACUGAAGGCAAUGGAGAAAGACGCUCUAAAAGCAACUGAUGGAAGUACUGGUAAAACAGUAGAAGAGCUUGAAGAGAAGGUCAAAGAAUUAAAUCAAUAUUUAGACUCUGAACGAUCAUCAAGAACAGACCUGGAGAUGUUUGUGGCUGUUUUAAAUACACAAAAAGGAGUUUUACAAGAAGAUGCUGACAAGCUUAGAAAAGAAAUCCACAAUGUUUGUAAACUACUUGAGGAAGAGAAAACAGCUCACAGAGAACUAAAGAAAACAUGGCAAAUGGCAAAUGAUCAGUUUCUGGAUAAUCUUCAAAUUCAGGAAUCAAAGGUGAACAUAAUGUGGAAUCUUAUGACUGAUGAACAACAGCUAGCAUACAAAGAGCAACAAAAARCAAACAAYCUACCCAAAGUGGGAAGGCUUAUUGAUAUUGGUGCCUCACUUUCACCUGUAUCUUCUAUUGAGAAAGCCGUAGAUGUUGCCCAAUCCUUACAUACAACACAAUCAGACAUGUCCAAUAUCUCUGGUCUUUCAGCUUCAAUCUUAUCAAGUGAGGUUUCAGACGGCUACGAUGAUGGAGCAGAGACUCGUAAACGAUCACAUUCAGCAUCAGACUCUCAUUUAGAAGUUAACGAUAUCGAUUCAYCAAGACACAAGUCAGCUGACGAUCUAAGCACAGGCAGCCCAUCUCCUACUUURGAAGACAAUGCUGCAGCCAUCAGGCAUAGUCCUCUAGUGGAYUUGGAGCCAAGACAGAGAUCCAUUAGUAAGGGAGGACGGAUUGACUGGAGGGUGUUCCAGGAAGAGGUGAAGGUGUCCCAUCAGAGCGAGACCAAUCGGUCAUGUGUGAUGUGUAGAAACUACGAGAAACAGCUUCAGCAAGUGGAAGCWGAAAGACAAAAAUACAAAAACUUGUCGUCUAAUUUGCAAAUUGCCUUGGAACAGGAAAAGAAAGCGUUAUUUGAGGAGCAAAGGCUUCGCAGUCGUUUAGAGCAAAGCGUUGCUAACGCUGGACAAGAUGCUCAAACACAAAUUAAUGAACAAUCGUCYGUAAUGAGCAAGUUGGAUCAAAUAUUGGUUGAUGUUCAACGGAACUUUGCUGCGAGUAAAAAGGAGGCUACAGCACAAAUAGCUAAACUGACUGCUUCAAGAAACGAAUUACAAGAAGAGUUAUCGARACUGCGUAGUGAGUAUAGCACAUUACAAGAUUCAGCACUACAACAACUUACUCAGAUGGAUACAGACUCUAGACUAGCAGAGAUGAGAGAACAAUUGAUGCAAGUAAGGACAGCUGGUGAAGGAACAGAAGAGAAGCUAAGGAGCGAGAUCGCAUUUUUGAAGGAGCGCGCUAUAUCUGAACAAAUGAAUAAAGACAGCAUGGAAGAAAUGUUGCUGGGAGACGUGGAGAGUUACAAAAAUGAAUUAGAAAAAGUAACAGUGGAACUAAAUAAGGAAAAACAACUCAAACAGCAGGCCGAGRCAAAGGUAAAACAAUCCGAGGAAGCUCUAAGAAAUAUGGAAACGAAAUCAAGACAAGUGAUCAUUGCUUUAAGAGAGCAACUAGAUGAAUCAAGUCAAGAUAAGAAAAAUAUAGAAGAUGACGUAAAAAAGCUAAAGAAUCAAAUUCAAUCAUUAACGGGUCAACUGAACGAGAGCGAGACUGUGCAAAGGGACUUUGUUAAGUUGUCUCAGUCACUACAGAUGCAAAUUGUAAAGCUACAAGAGUCUGAGCAAGAUGUCCGUUGGGAACAUAAAGACGAUGUCAGCAAAUGUCGUAAAUGUAAAAAAACACUGAAUGAUCGCAAUGAUAAGUUCCAUUGCCAUCACUGUGGUAARAUAUUUUGUGAGUCUUGUCGCUGUAAAACGUUUAGUUCACCAGUGUAUCGUCGUUCACAUCAAGUGUGUGAUUUGUGCUACGCCAUGUUAUCAAAUGACUCKAAAGCAAUGUUUAGUAAUCAUUUGGAUGAACAGACUAGUUGAUAUCACUUUAGAUUAUAAACAAUCAGACGCAGGCUAACUCUUGUUAAUACAGUAAAAGCAGAGUACAACUGAAGAAGUGACCGACUAUACGCCCAAGGGUUUUCUCAGUCUCGUCAAAGUGACAAGUUUUAUAUCGAAAUCUAUAUUUUUUAUCGAUGACWUCAGUCGAGCGUAAUCCGUCAUAAAACUCUCUUUAAUAAAUGACAUGGAACACGAAGUUAUUUUAAACUGCCUUCGUACGUUAAAUAACGUGUUUUUCGUCCAAAAAUGUGCGGCAAAAACGGGUGUAAUACAUUUCGAGGUGUUUUACGAAGACAAACAGUUGAUCACUGCAUCUAUUAUGAUUCAUAGUUAGUCCUGGAGGAAUAUUGGGAUUUACCAKAUACCUUCACUUGACAAACUGUAAUUUCCAUUCAUUUUGUUGAUUUUUGAGGUUGAUAUUUUGUACCUAUACUACCAUUUAUUGUUUUGGAGGGUAUCCAUUUCAAAAAUCACAUUUUUGGGAAUAAUAGAAAACGAGUAAUAGAAAUAAUAAUAGAAAAUGAGUAUCACUAUAACUACUAUUGGUUAAUGUAUAUUGAAGGCAUAUUGAAACUUAUUGUCCAGUUUUAAUUGCCUUUGAUUUCAUCCUUGGGAAUAAUUAGGGGUCAUGUCACGUUCCUUGCUACCAGAAAUAAUAGCAAGAAACAAGCAAUGCAAGAAUACCCAUACAACCUUGUGAGCAGGCUUUUGGUUCACUGACAUGCUCACAUCAUCAAGCCACCAUAACCACAAGUUUCAGAURGUGCAAAAAGUUGUCAUAUUUCUAGGGUAACUCUAAUUAUUUUAUGAAUUUGUGUGUCUUUUUCUGAGGGAGGAAUUGYUCUCAAGGUAGAUGUCUUAUAUAAAUUUGGCCACAACACUGUCCAGAUUUCUAGAUAAAAUGAAUACAAGAUACCAUAAGGGUUGAGUGAACUAGUAGAGUGAUUGCUCUUAAAGCGUGUAACUGUACAAAAUCUAAGUAUUACUAAAARUGGACCUGAAGCAAGACGAUAUUGAAUGCUUUAUUUGUAUCAAUUCAAUUUGCRUACUUCAUGCACAAUUUACUAAAUACAACUAAAUAGAACUAUUUAGUUUGUACAGUUGCACAGAUUAGGUGCGAUCACUCUAAUCCAUGAAAUGUAAGUAUUAAUCAAAAUAGGACAAAUUUGCACUUAAUCUGCAAUUGCCUGAAGCAGAACAUCCUUUCAUUCACCAUAAUUCUUACACCAUUGCUAACUUGCACAUUAGUCCAAUGAGGUUAGUACAAUUUCAUUCUACUGUAUUUUUCAUUUGUACUCUAUUGACCCCAGUUUUCAUAAUUUUCAUUAUUAGAAGAAAAUUGUAAAUACGAGCAAUAAAGAAUUAUACAAAUUUAGAAUAAAGAGUCUGUUUUAAAGGA